AUGCUGUGUAUGAGUGAUGUGUAGAUGAUCUGGGAGAGCUUCUCCUGCAGGAGGGCAGAUCUGUCGAGUUCAGUCUGCUGCUCCGGCUUGAUAUCUCUGAGGCGCUCGUGGACUUUUAUCGAGUGUCAACAUCCGACACGGGCAGACAGUCCAGCACAUGUGUGUUUACCGCCAGAGCGGCUCCUCUUCACUGCUGCACUCCGCCACACAGCGCUGCAGAGGAGGACACUGAGCCUGUAGACUGAGGGAGUGCUGGAGAGUGUGUCUGAGCUGAAGGAAACACGACAUGAGCAGAGUUUACACGACGAGGAUGACCAGGAGGGCUCUCUGUGCGCGCAGCACUGCCUGAAUAACCUGCUGCAGGGCGAGUACUUCAGCCCGGUGGAGCUCUCCUCUAUAGCACAGCAGCUGGACGAGGAGGAGCGCAUGCGCAUGGCGGAGGGAGGAGUGCAGACGGAGGAGUACCGCACAUUCCUGCAGCAGCCGUCAGGGAACAUGGACGACAGCGGCUUCUUCUCCAUCCAGGUGAUCAGCAAUGCUCUGGGUGUGUGGGGUCUGGAGAUCGUCCUCUUCAACAGCAGAGAGUACCAGCAGCUGCAGAUGGACCCCAUGCAUGAGAAGGCCUUCAUCUGCAACUAUAAGGAGCACUGGUUCACCGUGCGCAAGCUGGGACAGCAGUGGUUUAACCUGAACUCUCUGCUGACGGGUCCGGAGCUGAUCUCAGACACAUACCUGGCCCUGUUCCUCGCACAGCUGCAGCAGGAGGGUUACUCUAUAUUUGUGAUUCGGGGGAAUCUGCCGGAGUGUGAAGCGGAUCAGAUCCUGCGCAUCAUGAGGGUGGAGCAGCAGCAGCGGCCCAAGCUGAUCGGAGAGGAGGAGGCGCAGAGGAUGUCAGCACCGCACGCGUCUGAAACCACACACACUGCAGAGGAGCCGGUGCUGGACGAGGAUGAGGAGGAGCUGAGGAAGGCUCUCGCGCUCAGCAGACAAGACCUGCAGGUGGAGGAUGAGGAGGCAGACCUGCGCAGAGCCAUACAGAUGAGCAUGCAGGGCAGCAGUGAUGCGGGAUCCUCGGCUCCUGCAGGGGGCAGCAGUGAGAAGCAGACGCUCAGUGCAGAGGAGCUGCGCAGGAGGAGACAGGCUUACUUCGACAGGCAGCAGAACGCACAGGACAGCAGCAGCAGCACAGGAGGCGGGACGGACAGCGGGCCCAAACCCACCCAGUGACGUUGCCGUGGCGACGGUGACAGACGCACCGCUCGCCCUGAACACGCCCCCUGCGGGGAUGAUGGGAACGACGCCUCGGCUCAGCACAGCUCCGGCCGGCGGGCUCAUUACGGACGCUCGUUUAGCUUUGCUUGACCUCUGUGUGUGGAGCGGGAAGCGUUUCCGGAACAUUCCUCUUCCUCAGACUGCCUUCAGUGCACACCAGAGCCAGACGCGGACACUGGAACACGCCCAAGUGCAUUCUGGGACCAUUCGGGCUUUACUGGGUUUCUGCAUAUUUCCUCUUCUCCUCUGUGAAUUACCGUGUGUGUGUGUGUGUGUGUGUGUGUGUGUGUGUGUGUGUGUGUGUGUGUGUGUUUGAUCUAUUCACUAAUGAAGGUAGACUCUCACGCACCCUAGGUAGUGAACACUGUGUGCGUGAGGGCGGAGCUCACGUAGGCCGGACCAGAGAAUCAACAUGUGAUGAUUUCAGCCAAUCAGACGCGCUUCAGUCAGUCAGGUGUCGUCCCUCAGGCUCUGCUUGUCUUCAUUUGUGUGGUUUGGCGUUCAGCAAUAGUUUGUAAGUGAUCUGGAUGACUCUUGCACUUCUCUACACACACUUCUGUUUCUUGAAUAAAGGAUUUGCUGGAGUGGAC